AGCGUAAAGAAAAAAAUUAAAUUAGAAACAAACAUCGGUGAAAUAAAAAAACAGAAAAGAGGAGAAGACCGAUUCUUCUGCUGCAAACGCCAAGUUCCGGCGCGGCGUUAGGGCGACACGGGAAUCUUCUUCGUGUAUUCUUUCUGGUUUUCUCUUCUCUGUAAAUCGAUGUUUUAGGAUUCUCUGUAUCUUUAAUUUGUUGUUCGGACGGCAUUUUUGGCUGAAGAACAAGGGGGAUUGUUAUUAUUGUCCGUUCCGGUUCCGGCUCCGUCUUUUGUUUGUCCUGUUUGGAGGUUGAAUUUGUGAGCUGAAACCUCCUGUUUCAAUGUCGGCAAUCUCGAUUUACAGGCCGGAGUUUUUGGGAUCCGUCCGAUAUGGAUACCGGAACGACCUCAAAUUUCAUAGAAAUGUCGCCUCGUGGUCUAUGAAGAUGGAUUCUAAAUCGCCUCAAACGAUGAAGGAAGAGAUUUCUAUUCAGAUUUCAACGCCUCUAUUGCUACCGAAGUCGAAACCAUCGACGCCAAACGAAUUACGGUUCAAUCGGCCGCCGCCAGGUGAUCAAGAUUUAGUUCACAAAAAAAGAUUGGAAUUCGGUCAAUUCGUAGCCAGGGAGGCCGUGCUUGAUGAAGAAUUGUGGACAGCGGCAUGGCUUCGGGCUGAAAGUCAUUGGGAGAAUCGAAAAAAUGAACGAUAUGUUGAUAGCUUCAAAAGGAAAUUUGCAGAACAGGAGUUCAAUGCCAUUAAAAGAAGAUGUAGUGGGCUUGGACAGUCAUGCACAUGCAUUGUCACGGUAAGCAAGGAACAGAAGCAUAUAAAACGCACGGUGAUUAAAAGCGUCGUAGCCACUCUUGAUAUGAGCUUGCGGCAUUUGAUGCACGGCGAGACUUUUCCAGGGGAAAGAGAGAAGAGCCAUGUAUGCAGCAUCAACAAAGAGAUACCAAAUAAAUAUGCAUAUGUUUCGAACUUAUGUGUAUCGAAAGCAGCACGUCGUCAGGGUGUUGCUAGCAAUAUGUUGAAGUUUGCAGUUGAAACAGCCAGAUCCAGUGGUAUCGAACAGGUAUACGUGCAUGUACAUAGAAACAACACACCUGCCCGUGUAUUGUACGAAAAGAUAGGCUUUGAGGUGGUCGAAAUAGCAAGCUCACAAUUGUUGGAAGAACAAACUUACCUACUAUGUAUUAACACACGGAAGCUUAACAAUGCAUAUUGGUGUUGAUAUUCAUUCAUAAGGUAAUCGUAAAGAUACAAUUCCCUUCUGAGAAGGGAGCACUGGUUGAUAUUAAAGAUUGCAAUGCAGGAGCAGAAGACACAAGUGCAGCGAUACCGUCAGAAAGACGAUAAGCACGGGACAACGAGAUGGCCGAGAAGUUAAGCAUUUUCGGAGAAUCAUAGCCGACUAAGCUUUUCGGCCUGCAAGCAUCUGGGACAAGUUCCAGUGAAGAAAUUGCCCUCAGCAGACCCAUAUGCACAAAUCUCUCAACGAGGGAGGCAAAGGCUAUGCCAGUUAGGGAGCCAUUCAAACUGGUGCAGACCAUUCGCUCAAUGACUAGCGAUCUUCAUUGCAGUAGAGAAGGGCCCAGGCCAGUCUUUAGCUCUCAGCGGCAGUUCUUAGGACACCAUCAUCGACCAGAUGUGCAGUGCCUGAAGCCUCGGCUUCUAUGGAGCAAUAGAACUUCUGUAAUCAAUGUGUCCUUUAACCAUUUUGUUCAACAGCAUCUCCUUUGCAAUGUAGCCAUUAGCGUCCAUAUCUCCAUCUUUGUAACUUUGGUUUUCCUUCUUCAAUAACUAUUCCCUUCAGUCUUUCACGAACGAUAA